AUGUCCUCAGAAAAACCUCACAAAUAUACUCCAGGACCAAAUGAUCCAUCAUUACCACCACAAUUAUCUGAAUUCAAAGAUAAAACAACAGAUGAAGUCUUAAAAGAAUUAAAUAGAAUGCCCUUCUUCAUGACAAAAUUAGAUGAUACUGAUGGUCAAGGUGGUGAAAAUUUAGAAUUGGAAGCCCUAAAGGCAUUAGCUUAUGAAGGUGAACCUCAUGAAAUUGCUGAAAAUUUUAAAAAUCAAGGGAAUGAUUUAUACAAAGCUAAAAGAUUUAAAGACGCUAGAGAUGUUUACCUUAAGGGGAUUCAAAUUGAAAAUAAUAAAGAUGUGAAAAUUAAAGAAAGUUUGUUUGCUAAUAAGGCUGCUUGUGAAUUGGAAUUGAAAAAUUUUAGACGUUGUAUUAAUGAUUGUAAAAAUGCUUUGCAGUUGAAUCCUAAGAAUGUUAAAUGUUAUUUUAGAAUGACAAGGGCAUUUUUUGCGCUUGACAAGUUGGAAGAAGCUAAAGAAUCUGUAGAGUUUGGGUUGAAGUUUGAUCCUGAAAAUACUUCUUUAAUUAAUCUUCAUGAUACAAUUAUUAAGAAGGAAUUACAAAUUAAAGAAAAUGAAUUGAAAAUCUUAAAGGAAAAGAAAGAAAAGGAAAACUUGAAAAUUAUUCUUGAAAAUGCUAUAGGAUUAAGACAUAUAAUGGAUAUUAAAACAAGUGUACCACCUGAAUUGAUACGAGAUGCCAAAAUUAAAUUAGAUGAUCCAAUGGAUUUUGAAUCUCAAUUAAUUUAUCCGGCAGUUAUCAUGUAUCCAACAACAAAUGAAUUCGAUUUUGUUGCUGAAGUUAGUGAAUUGACUACAGUCCAAGAAUUAUUAGAUUUAUUGAUGGAUAGACCAAAGGAAUGGUUCCAAUUGGAAGGCCACGAAAAUUUCUCAUCUAAAAAAUUAAUUGCAUAUAUGGAAACUCAAUCUGGUGGUUUGAUUAAAGCCGGUAAAAAAUUAUCUUUCCAUGAUAUAUUAGUGAAGGACUCUCCAAAGGUUCCAAUCUUCUAUAGUGCAUUGAAAAUAUAUCUCGUUCCAAAAGCAGAAAGUGAAACUUGGUUAGCUAAAUGGGAUAAGACAAAGGCUUUAAUGAGAAGAUCAGCCGACUAA